AUGAGCGACGACGACGACGACGCGCGCGCGCGACGGCGCGACGGCGACGGGAAGGGCGAGCUGUCGUAUCAUUAUUGGCACGGUCGGAACGCGGGAGAGGCGCCGGCGGCGACGGCGAAGCGAAUCACGAGCGAGGAAGCGGCGGCGUUGACGAGACAAGUGUCAUCGACGCAGAUAUCGGCGUGGAACGCGGCGGGGACGUGGGAAGAGCGAGGGCACACGGAUUGGGCGCGCGCGCGCCUGGAGACGCUCGUCGUCGAGCGAGGAAAGUUUGACUUGGACGGCGCGUUCGCGGGCGUCGUCGCGCGCGUGGUCGGGGUGAAGAAGUGCGAAGGCGAUGCGAGCGUGGUGAUGAUUCGAGGGAAACCGCGACAUGGGUUUGAUUUCGAGACGACGCUGGAGUGGCGCGCUUCGUUCGCCGAAGAAGACGGCGAAGACGGCGAAGACGAAGACGGAGACGAGGCGGCAGUGGAGGUUCAGGGUACGAUUCACAUCCCUGAGUUCUCCCGCGAUUGCGCCGAAGAUGAGGAGUGCGCGUUUGAGAUCAAAGUCGAAAACCGCAAGAAGGAACAUCGCGAGCGCGAGGACGCGUGCUACGCGGCGCUGAAAAAGAGCUGCGAAGAAUUCAUCGUCGGCGUCCUUCGACAGAUCGACGACGAAUUGUGCGAGCGCGCGUCGAAAUAA